GCAAGUCCCUCACUCUGUCUCUCUUGCUCUCUCUCUCUCCCUCUCUCUUCUCUCCAAGAAAGCUCACUUUACAGACCGCCAGGAGCUGACACCAGGAUCUGAGGUGCCAAAAAUGUUGGGCUUUGCAUCAGGAAGCACUCACUCCAUUUUGGAUCAGACAUUUGGUCAUGUAAGGGAGCCCAGUGGAAAGGAUUCUCUUCUUCCGAUGCAGGAUCCAGGGAACUUACACUCGCAGCAUCUGAGGCUGGUGGAGCCUGGGGUGGAGGCGCAAUCCUGUGAGCUGCUGCCCCCUCAGUCAUUGGCAGAGGAUGUGCUAUCCAAGGCAACGAGCUACGACACAGUGUACGAUGUUCGCAUCCAGGACCUUGAUGCUCAUUUCUCCUUCGAGGGCAGCAGCUUUUUCGAUCUCCCGAUGCUUGGCCUCAGCCCGUUCCCCAUUGACGAUCCCGACUUCCCGCUCAGCCCCCACGUCAUAAAGCGGAGACGAGGGGGCAUUGUGGAACAGAGGGACAUCAUCAAAGCUCACCAGGCCCAUAAAAUGCAGAGCACGCCUCAGGCCAAGCGCAAGGAAUGGGAGAUGGCUCGCUUUGGGGAGGCGGCGAGUGGGAUGUCGCUGGAUCCCGCGGUUUCGGAGCCGGCUCGGAGCCGACAUGAGGUGCCCGGGGCUGGGGCCACAGCAGCGGCAGCAGUGGGAGCGGCAGCGGCGGUGGCAGCGGCGGCGGCAGCAGCACAGGGCCCCGGAGGAUUCAAACAGUCCCGGGCUCAGAGAGCCCGCACCAUGGCCCUGUAUAACCCCAUCCCGGUCCGACACAACUGCCUGACAGCCAACAGGUCCCUCUUCCUGUUUGGGGAGGACAACAUCGUCAGGAAAUCCGCCAGGAAGGUCAUCGAGUGGCCUCCAUUCGAGUAUAUGAUCUUGGCAACGAUUAUUGCCAACUGUGUUGUACUGGCCCUGGAGCAGCACCUCCCCAACGGAGACAAGACGCCUAUGGCCAAGAGUCUGGAACAAACUGAGCCCUAUUUCAUUGGAAUCUUCUGUUUUGAGGCUGGGAUUAAAAUAGUUGCUCUGGGAUUUGUCUUCCAUAAAGGAUCGUACCUUCGCAAUGGCUGGAAUGUGAUGGAUUUCAUUGUGGUUCUGAGUGGGCUCCUGGCAACAGCAGCGACACACUUCAACCUGCGAACCCUGAGGGCGGUCCGUGUGCUCCGACCCCUCAAACUGGUAUCGGGAAUUCCCAGUUUGCAGAUUGUGCUGAAAUCCAUCAUCAAGGCGAUGGUGCCCCUGCUGCAGAUUGGCUUGCUGCUCUUCUUCGCUAUCCUCAUGUUUGCCAUCAUCGGCCUGGAAUUCUAUUACGGCAAGCUACAUCUCACCUGCUACACCAAUAACAGUGCUGUUGAAGAGCUGGAGCUGCAGUUCCCCUGUGGCAGACAGGAACCAGCCCGACUGUGCCCCAACGACACCGUGUGCGACUACUGGAUUGGACCCAACGCUGGCAUCACCCAGUUUGACAACAUCCUGUUUGCCCUGCUCACUGUCUUCCAAUGCAUCACCAUGGAGGGUUGGACCACCAUCCUCUACAAUGUAUGUCUGGGCUAAACGUCCGUGCAGCAGCUAGGUGCAGCUUGGGGGGUGGCAAUAAAGUCUGCCUCAUGCCAACCCUGUGUAAUAACCCUUCGCAUCCUGCCACCCAUCACCCUUCAAUUAUAAAGGCAAUAGCAGUUUGACAAUAGCAAUGCCUCUCACUGAGUCUCUCACAUUCAGAGGCACAAGAUGUCUGACCUAUAUCCUUUUUGUGUCAGCCAGGGCUCCCUGGCAGAGCGCCAGUCGGGGAACUCAUAUUCCAGUAGGUCCAGCAGGCUGACUGCCUUGCAAUCACAACAUAUGCAAUGUCAAAUGUUGUACAAACCCAUUGGGUUCAGCCACGUCCUUUAGUGCAGGGGUCUGCUGUCCUUAGCUGGUCUGACUGACACGUGACUCCCGGCCCACAGCAGUGUUGUUGACUUCCAACCACCCUCCGAAAUGGCCAGACAAGUCUCUCGGCUCAAGGGCAGUGAGGGGAUGGGCGACAAAUGUGGCUUCGCCAGGGACACCCAUAUCCUGCUAGUGAAGAAAAGAAAUUUAAUUGGGGUGGUGGGGGAGUUGUUCAAGUUCAUGAAGUUUUGAUUGGGUCAAUAAAGACAAACUGUUUGUACUGGCAGGAGGGUCAGUAAACAGAAGGACACAGAUUGAGGGGAAACGGGAAUGAGAUGAAGAAGGGGGAGUGUCGUUUUGAAGCUGUGAUUUGUUGUCGUCUGAGGGGAAGCUGAUUCUCCGGGAACCAGCAAAAGGGAACCUGAUAAGUGCGUGAUGGGGGCAAGAAAGAUGGGGCAAUAGAGAAAGUAGCAGGGGCCCCUGGCAGAAAUGGAGACACGCUUUCAGAAAGCCAGGACCAUCACCAGAGUCAGUGUGGCCUCUUCCUGUGCUUGUACCAUUCAGUGGUUUGAUGUCAUGUGAUCAUGACCACUGACUGCAGGUCAGGGACAUAGGAUCUCCACAACCCAUUAACCCCAGGGGUCAGCACGGCCCUCAAAACACCGUAUCUUCUCACUUCCCUUUGCCAGAGUUGAGAAGGAUCCAACGGACUUAGCUGAACCAUCAAAAUUACCCUUCAAAUGAUCCGCUGUGAGAUUCCUCAACUGCGCCCGCUCAGCAGUGCUGAAGGUGGGCUAGAUCAUCGGAGCUGACAUUCCUUGCAUCAGGUAGUAGUGCAAGGCCAAGCUGUCGGCCCUUUGGGUAGAACAGCACGUUCCCAAAA